AUGUUCAAUAUAGCCUUGACGCAUAACCAUUUUGUUUUUACGGAGUAUUGUAUCUAUACCCGAUUACUUGACGUAUCUCAAAAUUGGUAUCCGCGGUCCCAGACGACGCGUCCAGCAAAGGGUUCGACACGGUAUUAUUGCGAGAUGGAUGCGUCAUGGGGUUUCAUCUCGAGCUGCGAGGAGCUGGCGAGAGGGGUGAAGGGGAUGGUCAAGGAUAAGCCUAUGGAUGGAUGA